AUGGAAAAGGAGCAUCCUCCUGCCGGAGGUCAUCCUCCUCUCGAUUUGGACAUGCUGAAAGUGGGAUCCAACCCUGUCGCUCGUGAUGUUGAUUUUGGACAAGUUCUCGAAACUGCCGCCACGCCAGAAAUGGAACGAAGAGUUCUCUGGAAGCUGGACUUGUUUUUAAUACCCCUAAUGGGAUUCUGCUAUAUGCUUCAAUAUAUGGACAAACUGGCACUCAGCCAGUCAACCCUUUUCAAUCUCACAGAAGACCUCAAUUUGAAAGGAACUGAGUAUAAUUGGGCGUCCGCCAUCUUCUAUUUCGGAUAUUUUGCCUGGAGCUGGCCAAGUUCCUAUCUCAUCGUGAAACUCCCACUGGGCAAGUACCUGAGUCUGGCAGUCUUCCUUUGGGGAGGAAUCCUCAUGUGCCAUGCCGCUUGUACCUCCUUCAGUGGAUUGAUGGCUGCGAGAUUCUUCCUUGGUGUGGGAGAGGCCUCCAUUGCUCCUGGUUUUGCCCUUAUUACCGGCAUGUUUUACAAGCGAGAAGAGCAGCCGGCACGACAGGCUGCCUGGUUUGUUGGAAACUCGAUUGCCAGUAUUAUUGGUGGCCUUGUUGCGUACGGAAUCGGAUUGAUUCACAAUAACAAUGUGACGAACUGGCAGCUGCUGUUCCUCAUUCUCGGUGCGGUCACGUCUGGAUACGGAUUUGUCCUUUUAGCCUUCCUACCCGACUCUCCAGUGAAGGUUAUAUUCUUUAACCAAGCUGAGAAGACCAUCGCCCUUCAACGAACACUCAAGAACAAGACAGGAGUCAUGGAUGUGGGUAAAUUUAAAUGGGGGCAGGCUUUCAUGGCCAUCAAAGAUCCUCAAACCUGGUUCCUGGUUCUGUACACUCUAUGCGUCAACCUUUGCAAUGGUGGUAUCACCAGCUUUUCUUCCAUCAUCAUUGCCGGCUUUGGGUUUUCCAAUCUCAAGUCUCUUCUUAUCCAGAUGCCAAUGGGAGCAGCACAACUGGUAUUUCUGGUUUUGACAUCUGGUUUUGCAACCUUCUUCCGUCAAACCCGAAUUCUCAUGAUGAUAUUGAAUACAGCUGUAUCGAUGAUUGGGAUGAUUCUCAUCUGGAAACUGGAUGAUGAUGACCGUGCAGGACGGAUGACAGGUCUAUGCCUGGGUGCUGUAUUUGCUGCCAAUAUACCACUCUCUCUGAGCAUCAUCAGUUCGAAUGUUGCCGGGUUCACCAAAAAAAGUACAGUGAGCGGCUUGAUGUUUGUAGCGUAUUGUGUCGGCAACAUUGUUGGUCCUCAAUUCUUCCUCCCUUCAGAGAAGCCAGGAUACCCUACCGGCAUCAAAGCAGCUAUGUCAGGCUUGGCUUUUGGAAUGUUCUUCUUGAUUUGUUUAUAUGUGUACUACACAUGGGAAAAUCGGCGACGAGAUCGGCUCUUUGGAUCGCCAAGGCAGUUGACUGAGGCAGAGGAGUUACAAGAUGAAUUCUCCAAUAAGACAGAUCAUGAGAUAGAGAGUUUCCGGUAUCUUCUUUAG